CACAUGUUUAUCUCGCCGUAAGGUAGCCGCUCCUGACUCUUGUGUGCGAUGUGCGUGGUGUUUUGGGCCGCUGUGGCCCGGGUGAGACCUGGCGUAACCGGUGUGUCUGACCCAGACACUCUCCCACAAACUGCAUGGGACACAAGUGCAAGCAAAAGACGCACACACGCGGCAUUGAAUGCAUUGAGCUAGUGCGGCGGCAUUUCUGACCUGGAUGAAGUCAUGCGAGUGGACCUGCCACGCAUUCUUCGGGACGGGGGGCUCUGACAGACACACAAUCAGGCAGACAGACAGACAGACACACAACAGAACACGUGUGCACACGGAUGGAUGCUUGUCUGCUUCUCGCUCACUCGACAGGUUGUGAAUGAGUAUGAGCUCCAACACGCGAGGGCCCACCACCGUGGCGACCUGCUGCAGCAAGAAGGGAUCGCCACUGAUCAGUACAGCCCUCGUCCGCCAACUCUGCACACACACACACGCACAAGAGAUUGCAUAAUUGCGUGUCUCGCGGGGCGGAUCGGAUCGGUGGCCGCUGUCGACCGCCUGACCUUGACGGUGGCGAUGAGCGGGAGGAAUUCGGUGAAUAUCAUCUCCUGCUCUUCGCCCAGCUUGAAGGUCUUGACGUCCAUAACCUCACAUCCACCGUAGCGAAGAGCCUUACGCAACUACGGUGGAUACAGACGCAGAGACACAGUCACGUCUCCUUUGGGGUGUGUGUGUGUGUGUGUUUACCGGUACUGGAAGGUCGGCCUUGAACGAAUUGUAAACCACCUGCACACAUGGACACAGAAGCGCACAUCGUGCAGUACGGCCGCAUCCCCGUGCAGCGACUGCAUCGGCUGUACCAGCAUCUUGCGCUUCGACAACACGCGAUCGCGCUGGAAGCUCUCGACACAGAAGUGGUUGAGGCCGAACCUCAGCAGCAGCACCCGAAUGACCCGCACAAUGUCCCCAAUAUUUUCCCAACACGGCGGCAAAGGACACGUCGUGAUGUCCCACACCACCUGAUGGAUGACACACACCCGCAGAGACACAUGUAUGGAUCCAAUUCGCUGUAUUGUGUGUGAGUGUAUGUCCAUCCUCACCUUUUGAUAUGUCUGAUCGGUGGUGCUGGGAAACGGUGCCCUUCUGUACUCGGUGAUGCUGCUGCAUGGCUGCCACCACUGCGGCCGCGGCAAUGCUGGCAUCAGCUGGGGCGCUGCUUGGGGGCUGGGUGAUGCUGCCUCAUACUGGCCGCGCACCGGAGGCCGAGGGGAGCCGGUGGCGUCAGACGGCGACACAGAGGGGGCUGCGUCGUGGUCGGCUGUCGUCUGUGUGGCCUCCAUGGGUUGGGGUGGUGGUGAUGAGGUGUCUGUUGGCUCCUCGUCCACUGCCUGGUGCCACCUGGCAAACUCUGUCCGGAGCACCUCCAGCCUGAAACUCAACUGAGAAAGGCAAUGAUGGUGAAAUGUCUCUUUGUCGGUGUGUGUGUUUCAUUGUCUCCCUUACUUUGAUCAUUUGCAGGUAUUUGUCCUGGUUAAUCGGUUGGUUGAGGACCUCUGACGCCACCCAAUCAGGGGAAUUCAAAGCCCGGCGGAGAUACCCCUCCAAAGCUGCACAAAAUAGUUACAGUCAUCUGUGUCGCUCCCUGCCCUGACCUAUUAGUGUGUGUGUCGCCCCUCCCCUUUUAAGACACGCACUGAAUGCGGGCGCGUCGAGGUUGGUCUGGGGACGCUUAGCGGGUGCCCGCGUGGCGCGGUAUGUCCUGCACGGCGGCUUGGCGUCCUUGGCGCCCCUCGGCUUGGCCUUUUUCUUCCCAUGGGCCGCUUUCACCUCCUUAAGAUCCCUCUCGAUCACCGACUCGCCCAGCACUUUGGCCGUCCUCUCCUCGGACCUCUCCGUGUGUGGGAUGGGCAGGCUGAGUACUUGGGCGGUCGUGCUGGUCGUUUCCGUGAUGGCUGUGCCCCUCUUAAGGGGGUGCGGUGUCUGCUGCUGUUGCGUGCUGCUGGCGGUGGGCGUGCGGAGGGUUGUGCGGAGGCUGACCAUUGUGGGGGCCAUGUUGUUGGCGCGCUUGGGGGCGUCGUCGGUCAGGUCCAUUUCAUCCUCCUUCGGUGUGGGCAAGAGAGCUGAAAGAGGGAAAGACAGAGAGGGGUAGUGUCGGUGGUGCGUGAGCAUACUGCUCGGCGUACUCUCCAGCUGUGUCGACAGAUGGAGGAUGGCGAGCAUGGCGUUCCGAAACUGCUCGAGCGGCACAUCACGGUAGUUGAGCCACACACGCCAGGCCUUCUCAAACACACCCCUGGCACACACGACGAGAAGGAGAAAGAGCCAUGACUGCGACCUGCAGGAGGUUUCUUACCUUGCUGCAUCCCGCUCGCCAGGAGUGUCGGCCAGAUGAGUGAGAACGUCGCACAAGUUAUGGAAGUCUUGCGCCUGUGGUGCAAUUGUUGAGAGCAGAUGCGUGUGUGCAGUGCAAGGGGGAAUACUGAUGGCAGCUCUCUGUUACGUACCUCCCAUUUCUCGAAGAAGACCGAUGGGUGGUGGUUGGCAACGCACAAACGCACCAGGUCCCAGAGGCUCGCCAGCUCACUCCGCCUCGCCAACAUCUGAUCGUCCUCUUGUCUCUUCUGAUGCCCAGCCCCCUCUCCCUCUCCCUCUCCCUCCUCGCCCUCCCCGCCCUCCCCGCCGUGCUGUCCGCCUGCCUUUUCCAUAUCUGUGUCUGCAAGCUCCUCAUACUUGAAUCCGUUGUGGCACAGCUGGAUGAACUGCGACAGACACAACUCCAGCUCCACAUAGGUCUCGCCGCCACCAUCUAGGAGGGAGGACGGCAGCGGCAGCGGAUACACCUCCACCUUGUCACUUCCCCUCAGCAGACGCCUGUUCCAGAAGGCCUGUCUCGCCUGGUUCGGGCCCCUCUGGCGCGGCAUGUGCUUGGGGUGGGGCGGCGACGCCAGUCGGCUCCACUUGUUGGCGUUCCUUAGCGAGCGCACCUCCCUUAUCUCCUCAAUCUCUUCCUGUGUGGCCGUCUCCCACCCUCCCCACGGCGUGGGGGCGCUGUAGAGGUCCCGCAGGCGGCUCCAGGUCUGUGCGAGCCGGGUGGUGAGGUCCACCCAGGGUGGGCUGAAGUAUGGGUUGACGGCAGGAUCGCUCAGGUGGGCGUAGAGGACACGCUGGUUGAGGAACACGCGGAUGCGGCAGUAGUCCUGUGUGGGGACGACGCGAGCAAGGUACGCAAAGUGCAUCUCGCCGUCAUCGGUCGGGAUGAUGAUGGUGUGGCCUUCCACGAAGUCCUGCAAGUCGUGGGCCGUCUCUUUGCCGCUCUGCCCCCUCCCAUUGCUUCCUGGACCAUUGCUUCCUGGAUGACCACCACCGUCGCGAAAUCCCAGGGCAUCCCAGUGCAGGGGCCCUUCGGCGGACGGGCAAACCUCUUCGAUGGCCUCCCUCCAGAUCUCAUCGAUCUCGCGUUGGUCAAGCCCUUUGUCCUCAAAGCUUGUCCUCUCACGGAUGGUCGCUCUUGCCUGGCGACAGAUCUGGUCGUACGACUCUGUGACGAGCUGCUUGGCCUGCCGCCGCAGCUGUCCCUCCAUCAAUGAGAGCGAGAAACCAAGGGCCACGCCUGUGCACAGACAGAUGCAGCAUUCAACAGACAAUGCAUGUGUGACACGCGUGUGUGCUCACCUCUGCAUUGCUCAAUAGUGGUUGCAGAGAAGCCCCGCUCAAACUCGCGCAUCCGCUGUCGGAGGGCGGCGAUCCCGCCAUGAAGUGCAGAGGGAGCCACUCCAUGACUCAGAGGAGGGGUCUCCACUGACUUGAGUUGUGCUUGCUUCCUGGGAGAUCCUGACAUUGGGUUUUGAAGCUGCGCGUACUCAUUCCUGACAAAAAUGGUUGCAUUGGCAUCACAACAAGUAUCACAAGAAGUGAGGGAAGAUGGGAAUUCGCUGCUUACGUGACGCGGGGAGGCUUGUAAUCGUUGUCGAACAAGGGAUCACAGCGUAUGUCCCUCCACAUCUUGUAUGCUUCUGGCGAUAGUUACCG